AUGAAAUACGAAAGUAUCGCAUUAUUCAUUUCUUUGAUUAUUUUAAAUGAUGAAAUAUAUAAUAUCAUCGCGAAUCAACAAUUAAACAAUCCCACCUUGUUUAUGAUUGGCGGUGUUUUCUCUAAUAAUAAGAGUAAAAAAUGUUUCGAGCAAACAUUAAAUGAAUUAAAUUUCAACUUAAAUUACGUUAAUAAAGGAGUGACUUAUAAGCACACAAUAAUUGAAAUGGAUUCCAAUCCAAUUAAAACAGCUUUAAGCGUAUGUAAGUCUUUGAUAGAAAGACAAGUGUAUGCCGUAGUGGUAUCUCAUCCCCUUACAGGAGAUCUGUCACCAGCUGCUGUUUCUUAUACAAGUGGAUUUUAUCACAUACCCGUUAUAGGUAUAUCUUCGAGAGACUCAGCAUUCUCUGACAAAAAUAUUCAUGUUUCAUUCUUAAGAACAGUACCACCAUACUCACAUCAAACAGAUGUUUGGGUUGAACUAUUGAAACAUUUCAAUUAUAUGAAAGUGAUCUUCAUUCAUAGUUCGGAUACAGAUGGCCGUGCAUUACUUGGAAGAUUUCAGACAACUUCUCAAAAUUUAGAGGAUGAUGUUGAAAUCAAGGUUCAAGUAGAGUCUGUGAUUGAAUUCGAACCUGGUUUAGAUAGUUUCACACAACAAUUAAUAGAGAUGAAAAACGCGCAAGCAAGAGUUUACCUUUUAUAUGCUUCAAAAAUGGAUGCAAAUGUUAUCUUUCAAGACGCUGCAGUAAUGAAUAUGACCGGUGCAGGAUAUGUUUGGAUUGUGACAGAGCAAGCCUUAGAUGCGCCGAAUGCACCGGAAGGUCUUCUUGGCUUGAAAUUAAUUAAUGCAGAGAAUGAGACGGCUCACAUCAAAGAUAGCCUGAUAGUGCUUACAUCUGCUUUACAAGAGAUGAACAAGUCAAAAUCAAUUACAGAACCGCCGAAGAAUUGUGGAGAUUCUGGCUCUAUAUGGGAAACUGGCAAAAAUUUGUUUGAAUUCAUCCGCAAACAAAUAUUAUCAGGUUCUACUGGCAAAGUAGCGUUUGAUGAUAAUGGAGAUCGUAUUUUUGCGGAAUAUGACAUAAUUAAUAUUCAGGAGAAUGGUGAUCAAGUCUCCGUUGGACGAUAUUUUUAUCCAAAUGGUACUGAAAAAAUGAUAUUAAGUGUCAACGAAUCGAAUAUAACAUGGCCUGGCCGAUUACAAACUAAACCUGAGGGUUUCAUGAUUCCUACGCAUCUCAAAGUGCUCACUAUUGAAGAAAAACCAUUUGUCUAUGUUCGUGAAAUCGCAUUCAGUGAAUCAUGUCUUCCAGAAGAGAUUUUAUGUCCUCAUUUUAAUGUCACCGAUGGUGAAACUACAAAAACAUUUUGCUGCAAAGGAUACUGCAUGGAUUUAUUGAAAGAGUUAUCAAAGACUAUUAAUUUUACCUAUAGUUUGGCUUUAUCUCCCGAUGGACAAUUUGGCAAUUACAUAAUCAAAAACAAUUCAGUAGGAGGAAAAAAGGAAUGGACUGGACUUAUUGGAGAACUGGUAAACGAAAGAGCAGAUAUGAUUGUUGCUCCUUUAACAAUUAAUCCAGAACGUGCUGAGUUCAUCGAAUUUAGUAAACCAUUUAAAUAUCAAGGCAUCACUAUUCUUGAAAAGAAGCCAUCAAGAUCAUCAACCUUAGUGUCGUUCUUACAACCAUUUAGCAAUACUCUAUGGAUACUGGUAAUGGUAUCGGUGCACGUAGUGGCUCUAGUUUUGUACCUCCUCGACCGGUUUUCGCCUUUCGGGAGGUUCAAGCUAGCAAACACUGACGGUACCGAAGAGGAUGCUCUGAAUUUAUCUAGCGCUGUUUGGUUCGCUUGGGGAGUUCUUCUUAACAGUGGAAUUGGAGAAGGUACUCCACGAAGUUUUUCUGCUCGAGUGUUGGGCAUGGUAUGGGCAGGUUUUGCAAUGAUUAUCGUUGCUUCUUACACUGCCAAUUUAGCUGCAUUUCUUGUGUUGGAACGGCCAAAAACGAAAUUAACUGGUAUCAACGAUGCUCGACUUAGAAAUACUAUGGAGAAUCUUACAUGUGCCACGGUAAAAGGUUCUGCUGUAGACAUGUAUUUCCGUCGUCAAGUCGAAUUAUCCAAUAUGUAUCGUACAAUGGAAGCGAACAAUUACGAUACUGCCGAAGAAGCUAUUAGAGAUAUAAAAAUUGGGAAACUUAUGGCUUUUAUCUGGGAUAGUUCUCGAUUAGAAUUCGAAGCUGCUCAAGAUUGCGAAUUAGUAACUGCUGGAGAAUUAUUUGGUCGUUCUGGCUACGGGAUUGGUUUGCAAAAAGGUUCUUUAUGGGCAGAUGCAGUAACUCUUGCUAUUUUAGACUUCCACGAAAGUGGCUUUAUGGAGAGUCUCGACAAUCAUUGGAUUCUCCGAAGUAAUGUACAGCAAUGCGAACAACUUGAAAAAGCUCCCAAUACUUUGGGCUUAAAAAAUAUGGCCGGAGUGUUUAUAGUAGUUGGUGUUGGAAUUAUUGGUGGCAUCGGACUAAUUAUUAUCGAAGUAGCGUAUAAAAAGCAUCAGAUUCGUAAGCAAAAGAAGAUGGAAUUAGCAAGACAUGCAGCCGAUAAAUGGAGAGGUGCAAUUGAGAAUUCUAUGUUUAUUAGUAAAUUGCAAGCAGCCAGGACAAAUUAGGGGAGCAACGCAGGAAAUUCUAACAGAUCUCAGUAACAAAAAAGAAUACGAUUAUCAGAUGAACAUAGAUCAAAGCACAAAUAUUCAUCGCUUUGCAAGCUUCAAUAAUAAAAAUAAAUUAGUUAAUGCAAUGAGAUUCAACUUUUAAUGAAAAAGGUGUAAGCUACGAUGAAAAAAAAAAUAAUUAUCGUAUUCUACACCAAAAUUGCUUUUUUUAUAUUGCAUCAUACUGUUGGCUUUUUUAUACUGAUAAUUAUACUGAUACUAAUAAUAUCUUUUUAGUCUUUUCUUUUAAAAAUAUAUACAAAAAUUGAGAGAAAAUUUCUAGAUUUUAAUAUGCUACUGCAAAAAGCUAUCAUUAUUAUCAUAGAAGCACAAAAUAUCACUAUUUAUAAUUAAUUUUUAAUAUUUUUUAUAUAUUGCAAUACGAAUACAAUAGCAUUAGUUAAAGCAAUGAAAUGAAUGCAAUUGUUUAAAAUAUUUAAUAUCUAGUUUAUAUUUAGUUCAAUUUUUUGAUUUUUGGUUUUUGAAAUGCAGAAACGGAAAACUUUGCGGGCUUCGAUAGCUGCUCAACGAAGGAUUCAAAGUAACGGCUUUAACGAUCCUACAACCGUGAGUUUAGCAGUCGAUACGGUAGCUAGAUCAAACGUGACUCCACGAAGUCCUGGUCGAGCAUGGCCAGGAGAUAGUGAUAUCCGUCAACGUCCUAUUCCUCGUUCAGAUGAUAUCAGAUUAUCGCCAGCUGCAAACGUCUCACAUCUCAUUGUAUAAACAAACUAAAAUUUUUAUCUUAAUUUAUUAAUUACUUGUAUAUCAUAAAAUAUCAAAAUAUAUCAUUACCUGAAAAAUUUGUUAGAUGUGACAAUAUAUAUAAUUGUGUUAAGAGUAAUAAGAUUUGUUUUAUACAAUAAUAAAAAUCAUUGUUUUAAUAUGAUGUUUUAAUGCUCAAUAAAUAUACUUUAAUAUCAUAA